CGUAACUUUAACUCCACCACCACACAGUAUAUGUGCUGCGGUGAACAUACCAGCAUAGCGCCAGUCGCACCAGCUGGAGCUCUUCUGCACGGAAACAUGGAGAUGGAGUGGGAUCCGAGGGUAGCGCAUCCAUCUCACAUCAUCUCCAUCGAAGCCCGCUGAAGCCAGAACCCCGUCUCCUGCUCUCGUUUCCGCCGACAUCCUCACCCUCACAUUGGAUGGGAAACUGGCGGCCUGACCAACGGGAAAUCCGCCAGUGACCUCGAAAUGGAGUACUUCGACUCCAACCCGCGCCCCAAACAGCUCGACGAGCACAGCGAGGGCGCCCAAGCCUUCAUCGACCAGCAUGCGCGCGAGCACCGCCGCGUCGCCCUCGUCACCUCCGGCGGCACCACCGUCCCGCUGGAAAACCAAACGGUGCGCUUCAUCGACAACUUCUCCGCCGGCACCCGCGGCGCCACGAGCGCAGAGUACUUCCUCGAAGCCGGCUACGCCGUCAUCUUCCUGCACCGCCAGUUCUCCCUGCUGCCCUAUUCGCGCCACUACUCCCAUACCACCAACUGCUUCCUCGACUACAUGACGCACGACGAGCGCGGUGCUGUCGUCAUCGACGCCGAGUACCGGCAGCAAAUGGCCGACGUGCUCGCGCAGUACACAAAGGCCAAGCGCGAGAACACCCUGCUUAUCUUGCCCUUUACCUCCGUCAACGAGUAUCUCUGGUAUCUGCGCGACCUCGCCAUCCUCAUGCAGCCCCUCGCCGCCAACGGCUUGUUCUACCUUGCCGCCGCCGUGUCCGACUUUUUCGUCCCCGCCGACCGCAUGGUGGAGCACAAGAUCCAGUCCUCGGAAGAGUUCAACACCAAACGCCAACUUUCCAACGGUGACGACGACAACAGCAACGAGAACCUCCCCGCCGCACACAUGGAGGGCAAAAAGCUCGUCAUCGACCUCGACCCCGUGCCCAAAUUCCUCAAACAGCUCGUCGACGCCUGGGCGCCGCGCUCCAUGAUCAUCAGCUUUAAACUGGAGACCGACCCCUCCAUCCUGUCGGAGAAGUGUCAGAGUGCGCUGAAGAAGUACGCGCAUCAUCUCGUCAUUGGCAAUCUGCUGCGGACGCGCAAGCAUGAAGUGCUCAUGGUGUCGGCGCGCAGUGGGGAGAAGUGGCUGCGAGUGCCCACGGAUCGGAGAACGAAGAGUGUGACGGGUUUGACGGGCAACGGUGCGGAGCCCGUGCCCGCUGCGGACCCCAUUGAAAUUGAGUCUUUGAUCAUCCCCGAGAUCAAGACAUUACAUUCGGAGGUGAUUGCAAAGGGCGAUCCGAGAUAGAAACAUAUUAAGCAUAUAU